CACCUGUUGGGUUUUUAUCAGUUGAUAGAUGUUGGAAAAUGUAAAUCCGGCUAUAUAUAAUAUUAAGAGGGAACGUCUCAUAAAUAAAGAAGAAUUGAAUGAAAAUAUUAGAGAUGAAUUUGAUUCUCGUGAAAUAUUUGACUUAUUAAGAGUAAUUAAUGACCCUGAACACCCUUUAACUCUUGAACAUCUUAAUGUUAUUGAAGAAAAAAAUAUUCAUGUUGAAGAUUCAAACAAUUUAAUAUCUAUAAAUUUUACUCCUACAAUUCCUCAUUGUAGUAUGGCUACCUUAAUUGGUCUGUCUAUUAGAGUUAAAUUGUUAAGAACAUUACCUUCACGGUUUAAAGUUGAUAUUGCCAUAACUCCAAGCACUCACAUAUCUGAGGCUGCUAUAAAUAAACAAUUAGCAGACAAAGAAAGAGUUUCUGCUGCUUUAGAAAAUCCUCAUUUGUUAGAAGUUGUAAACCAAUGCCUAUGUGAAACCUGAUAUUCAAUUAUAAAUAUAUUACAUCAAUUAAAAUAAAUAAUUUAUUCAAAA